AAGGAGCGGGCGAGCAGCGCAGGGAUGGGGUGGGAUGAGUUGGGGUGGGGUGGGCGAGGGCCCCCCGCCCCCUGCGCCCCAACCCGGCUCUCCAUGGCAGCUGCCGGCUAGGGCUUCGCCACCUCUUUUCUCUCCCGGCCUUGGAGCCUUGGAGCGGCCGCGAGGAUGAGUCCCUGGAGCUGCUGGUUCCUGCUGCCGACCCUCUGCGUCCUGCACGCGGGUGCCGCCCCGCGCCCUGGCGCGCCCGUUUCCACCCACUGCGAGCUCCGGCCCCAACAAAGUGAGUUGAAUUCCUUCUUGUGGACCAUAAAGAGAGACCCACCUUCUUACUUCUUUGGUACCAUCCAUGUGCCAUACACCCGGGUAUGGGACUUCAUUCCCGACAACUCCAAGGAGGCUUUUCAACAGAGUAGCAUUGUAUACUUUGAGCUGGACCUUACAGAUCCCUAUACCAUCUCAGCCCUCACCAGCUGCCAGAUGCUGCCACAGGGUGAGAACCUUCAGGAUGUGCUUCCCAGGGACAUCUACUGUCGCCUCAAGCGUCACCUGGAGUAUGUCAAGCUCAUGAUGCCCUCCUGGAUGACCCCAGAUCAGCGUGGUAAGGGCCUGUACGCUGACUACCUCUUCAAUGCCAUCACAGGGAACUGGGAACGGAAGAGGCCUGUGUGGGUGAUGCUCAUGGUCAACUCCCUGACUGAAGUGGACAUUAAGUCCCGUGGGGUGCCUGUGCUAGACUUGUACCUUGCCCAGGAGGCCGAGAGACUGAGGAAACAGACUGGGGCAGUGGAAAAGGUGGAAGAGCAGUGCCAUCCUUUGAAUGGGCUAAAUUUUUCACAGGUCAUCUUUGCUUUGAACCAGACUCUCCUGCAGCAGGAGAGCCUCCGUGCGGGCAGCCUUCACAUCCCUUAUAAUACAGAGGACCUCAUCAAACACUAUAACUGCGGGGAUCUCAGCUCUGUCAUCUUCAGCCAUGACAGCUCCCAGGUCCCCCAUUUUAUUAAUGCCACACUACCCCCACAAGAGCGCAUCACAGCUCAGGAAAUUGAUAGCUACUUCCGGAGGGAGCUUAUCUACAAGCGGAAUGAGCGGAUGGGCAAGCGGGUGAAGGCUCUUUUGGAGGAGUUUCCUGACAAAGGCUUCUUCUUUGCCUUUGGAGCUGGUCAUUUCCUGGGCAACAGCACAGUGCUCGAUGUGCUGCGGCGAGAAGGUUAUGAGGUCGAACACGCCCCUGCUGGACAAGCCAUCAACAAAGAGAGGAGUAACAGCUCCUCAGUGCUGCCAGCGCCUCUUGCCACCUUGGACCUGGAAGCCCCAGCACCAGAGACUGGGCCUGUGGUGCGAUCACUGAUGUCAUCUCAUGAGCCCCUGACCAGAGACACAGGCCUGGGCCUGCUGGAAGUAGCAGAGCGAAAGUUCCGGAAGAAGUGGAGGCGGCCACCUCAAAGGCAGAGACUACGGCAGUUCAGUGACCUGUGGGUCCGAUUAGAGGAAAGUGCUGUGGUCCCACAACUCCCGGUGCGUAUUUUGGAUGGACACAUCACCAGGCUUCAGCUCCCACAUCAUGGUUAUUCGCACCACAGUCAGAUGGUGGCCAGCUCUGCCUGCCUGUGUCUCUGUACUCCUGGGUUUUGGGUUAUGGUGCUGGCUUUCCAAGUGGACACACAGCUCUUGUAAUGGUUAGAGGA